UCGAUGCCCUUUUACUUUCUGAGUCUUGCUAUAAAACUAAAAAGGAUAGAAGCUUAAGCUUUUAAAUUUUGCAAGAAAUAAGAAUGGCGUUAAAAGUUCUUUCCGCCCUUGACCUUGCAAGAACUCAGUUUUACCAUUUCAAGGCCAUCAUCAUAACGGGCAUGGGCCUCUUCACUGACGCCUAUGACCUCUUCAGUAUCCCUUUGGUUAUGAGGUUCAUCGGACGAAUUUUCUACGAGAAGAGGGCCCAGCCUGACAAGUAUGUGACCCCACCCAUGGUUGUGUCCAUCAUGGCGGCCAUCGCUCUUGUGGGUACCGUGAUUGGUCAAGCAGUAUUCGGCAGGCUCGGUGAUCUAGUCGGUAGGCGCCGCGUGUAUGGGAUCGCGUUGAUGAUCAUGGUGCUGAGUUCCAUUGGAUGUGGGUUCUCUGUAUGCACCACAAGAAGUUGUGUUCUAGUGAGUUUGGGGUUGUUCAGGUUCAUUCUGGGCUUCGGGGUUGGUGGGGACUAUCCCUUGUCGGCUACAAUUAUGUCGGAGUAUGCUAACAAGAGGACACGUGGUUGUUUUAUAGCUGCUGUGUUUUCGAUGCAGGGCUUUGGGAUCUUGGUUGCUUCGGUGGUCACGAUGGUCGUUUGUGCAAUAUUUAACCGCGCAGCUAAGGGAGCACCAAAAGAUCCGACGCCUAAGGAGGCAGAUAUUGCGUGGAGGUUGAUACUGAUGCUUGGUGCAAUUCCGGCUGGGUUAACAUUUUACUGGCGAAUGAAGAUGCCCGAAACUCCCAGAUAUACAGCUUUGGUGGAACGAAAUAUUAUCCAAGCGGCAAUGGAUAUGGAGAAUGUGAUGGAAGUUCCAAUGAGUCAAAUUGUGGAAGAUGAGCUACUACCACCUUCUCCACUACCUUAUCCCCUCCUCUCCAAGCAAUUUUUUCGCCUCCAUGGCCGUGAUUUAUUCUCCUGCUGCUUCACAUGGUUCCUUGUUGAUAUUGUUUUUUACAGUAGCAAUUUCUUCCAGUCUCGUAUAUAUCUUGAGGAGAAUGGAGACAAGAAUGUCUAUCAAGAUGUUUUUGAAGCUGCAAAACUCCAAGCAAUUAUCGCACUUUGUUCUACAAUUCCAGGCUAUUUUUUCAGUGUUUAUUUCAUUGACAAGGUUGGAAGAGUCAAAAUCCAAAUGAUGGGUUUUUCCUUGAUGGCAUUGGUUUUCUUAGUACUUGGGAUAACCUAUGACAAUUAUCGGGACGUUGAAUUGAAUGACCUUAAAAAUAAAACAAGCUUUUUAGUCCUUUAUGGCCUCACCUUUUUCUUCGCAAAUUUUGGACCGAACACAACCACUUUUAUAGUACCAGCAGGGCUUUUUCCAGCAAGAUUUAGAUCAACUUGUCAUGGCAUAUCUGGUGCUAUUGGGAAGGUAGGGGCAAUUAUUGGUUCGGUAGGAUUUGUCUGGGCUUCAGAUGGGGAAAAAACACGUGGAAUGACUGUCUCAUUGAUAUUGAUAAUACUUGCUGGAGUUUGUUUGUUGGGGAUGGCAAUUACAUUUUUUUUCACUCAUGAAACUAUGGGAAGAUCGUUAGAGGAGAAUGAGAAUGAUGAUUAACCUAAUAAGCUGUGUUUAUCAAGAAUAAGUGUGCAGUUACAUUCAUUUUCGAAUGAAACAAUUGUUUGCCUAAAGAGCAAUCUCUCUCUCUCUCUCUCUCUCUCUC